UCACGUUUUCCGCGAGCCCAGCAAAGCAAGAGAACAGUGCGAAAAAUUCAGCGAAAGCUAGUCCAGGCUGCUUCCUGACCCGAGCGCGUUUUUGUAGAGGAAGUUGUCUCCAAGCGCCCCGACGUACACGGAGAGGUGGGGAUUUUUUUUUUUCUGCACAACUGCACCGAAUUUGCACGACUGGGCGGCUGAAGUUUUGUGCGAUUGAGCACCGUCUCAGUUGUUAGUUUCUUAGGGAGCAGCACCACUCCACGUCGUGCCACACGGGGUGGAGAGGAGAGAGGGCAGAAGUUUCCGCUGGCUUGUUUUGUCGCUAUACGCGGCUCUUAAAUCCGCACGAAUGUCGCAGAAGGAGAGACCCACUUUCUACCGCCAGGAGCUCAACAAAACCGUGUGGGAGGUCCCGGAGCGCUACCAGAACUUAUCUCCCGUCGGCUCCGGUGCUUACGGAUCCGUAUGUUCGGUGUAUGACAUGAAGACAUGCCUGAAGAUUGCAGUGAAGAAGUUGUCCAGACCCUUCCAGUCCAUCAUCCACGCAAAGAGAACCUACAGAGAGCUGCGACUGCUCAAACACAUGAAGCACGAGAAUGUGAUCGGCCUAUUAGACGUUUUCACCCCAGCAACAAGCUUAGAGGAGUUCAACGAUGUGUACCUGGUGACCCAUCUAAUGGGUGCAGACCUCAACAAUAUCGUCAAGUGUCAAAAGCUGACAGAUGACCACGUCCAGUUCCUCAUCUACCAGAUCCUCAGAGGCUUAAAGUACAUCCAUUCUGCAGAUAUCAUCCACAGAGACUUGAAGCCCAGUAAUCUGGCCGUGAAUGAAGACUGUGAGCUCAAGAUCCUGGACUUUGGUUUGGCGCGGCACACAGACGAUGAGAUGACGGGCUACGUAGCCACCCGGUGGUACCGCGCCCCCGAGAUCAUGCUCAACUGGAUGCACUACAACAUGACAGUCGAUAUCUGGUCGGUGGGCUGCAUCAUGGCUGAACUACUUACUGGACAGACGCUCUUCCCUGGCACAGACCACAUUGAUCAGUUGAAGCUUAUAAUGAUGCUCGUCGGAACCCCAGGGCCCGAGCUCUUGAUGAAAAUCUCUUCUGAGUCUGCGAGGAACUACAUUAACUCACUUCCCCACAUGCCCAAGAGGAACUUUGCUGAUGUGUUUAUUGGUGCCAACCCUCUUGCGGUGGACUUGCUGGAGAAAAUGCUGGUGCUGGACACAGACAAACGGAUCACAGCCUCUGAGGCUCUGGCCCACCCGUACUUUGCCCAGUACCACGAUCCAGACGACGAGCCCGAAGCGGAGCCUUACGACCAGAGCUUCGAAAGCCGCGAGCUGGAAAUUGAGGAAUGGAAGAGGUUAACCUAUGAGGAGGUAGUUAGUUUUGAGCCGCCGUCGUACGAUGGAGACGAGAUGGAAUCCUGAAGCGGACGAGGCACCUUUUCUUCCAUCUUUUUGUUUUCCAAGAAACUUAAAGGACUAUCGGUCUCUUGUGACUAUCCACCACUUUCUUCACACACACACACCCACACACACACACACAACAUUCAAGUGCCUGCCAUCAUUCAUCUCCGGGGGACGUUGUUUAAUCGGGGAUAAAACUUGACAUCCUGUUCCUUCUGUCCCCAAACAUUGCUGUUUUUGUCAUUCUGCAUCCCAAGGCGCCGAGGCAGACUUUAAAUUCUCCUUUUAUAUUUUUAGUAAGUUUUUACCUCAAACAUUUGUUUGUAUUGAUCCCCUCUUUGAUUCAGAAAACUAGAAACUAUAUGUCAGUAUCUUAUACGUAUUUUAUAACAAUGUACCACUUAGCAGUAAUUAAUAUUAUAGGGAAAAAAGUUUGAUAGAAACGUUUCACACUGCGGUGUGUGUCUUUGUGUAUCUCUCCUCCACACAUUAAAAUAAAAUGUUAUUUCUAUCGUUGCAUAGAACUGUGUAAAUAUGACAAACAGUAUUUGUACAUAAGUACUUCACUCAAACAGGUAGCGUGUUUGUGUAAUAGUCGUAAUUACUGAGUCACAUCUCAGCUGACCCCUUUUGACAGUAUGAAUUUUAUUACUAGAGUUUAGCCUAAAAUGGCAUAUAAAAAGAUACAGUAUGUAAUUUAACACAAGUAUGUAUAGGAUAGGCUAAGAUCUAAAAUAUUUACCUCUACAUGGCAAAUUCAAGGCUUCAUAAUUCUCAUUGUUGGAUUUGAAGGUUUACAGUUUACCAAAAGAUGAGUUUGGAGAGUAUGGAGACUUGGCUUAUGUAUCCAUUUCACGUACUUAACAUUUGUUUUGUUUCUACUCUUUUAUCCAUAUCAAUUCUUCUUUUACCACUUCUGUCCUGGCGUUUUAGAAGAAUGUUACCGUCCCGAUUAUCACAACCUACACCUUCGCAUGAUGAAGCCAAAUUUGGCUUAUUCGUUUAUUGGAAUGUGAUGUUUCCCACCACAACUGACAAUGUACUUUUAUCACAAUGCAUUUAUAGAAUACAGUACUAUUAAUGUUUAUUGAAUGUCGGGGGCACCAGUCUGCCCUGUAUUUAUGGUCUUUUGUUAUGAUGUUUGUAUAUCGAUGUAAAAGAGAAUAUUAUUUGUCAGAAUUCAAGGUUCUUUUUAUUAUUUAUGGAAAGCUUACUGUAUCAGAAACCAAAUGUAUCGUCAACAAUCUGAAACGCCAGUUAAGCUGCGGGGACUGCAGUUACAGCUUGUUUAUCGGAGCCAACAAUAUUAAGAUUUUGCGGACAACCAUAUAGUUUUAAAUCGGUUUGAUCAACUGUUCAUUUGAGUGGUUUCAUUUUCUUCUUUAGUUUAAAGCAGUUCUUAAACAUUUAUAUAAGUUAUUUUGUUCACUGAAGUACUGCCCUCCAAAAGACUAUUUUUAAAAAGAAAUGUAAUUUAAAAACAUCAAAGCAAGAUAUGUAUUUCAACUAUAUAAUUUGUUUUUAUUGACAUACAAACCACUAAACAGUAGACUCCUAGUUCUGAAGUGUAAUACAAACAUUUGUUGACAAAAUGUUUUUCUAUGUAAACUAUUUUAGGGGUCAGAUUACCUUGUGACAUACAAGCUACAUCCACAGAUGCUCUGGCUAAUGUCAACCAAACAUCAGUGUCUUCACAAUUUCAUUUGCAACAGCCUGUUUUUAUAUAGUGCUUUUUCUAAUGUAUUAUUUUAUUCUCUGUGUUGAAUCAAGAUUUGCUAUUAUUCUGUGAUUCUUGUAAUAUUGACUGUUUUUUGAGUAAUGCUAGAAAUCUAUUUGCCAUUCAUUUGAAUAAUUUAGCAGGGCACAUGUUUGUGGGAAAGAGUGUACGUUUACUCACUGGAUGCUGAAGGGCAAUGCUGAAGCCUCGUUCUCUGUAGUUUUAAAACAACUGCAUACAUUAAAAAGAAUAGUUUAUCUUUUUACAUAUCCAAAUGUCAUUAGUUAAUUUGGUAAUUAGUUUAUGCUUUCUUUGCCCGAGAUGUGUUCACAAGUUUUUACAUUUUCAAAUGUAUCAAGACAGAACGCCACACCGCCUGUAAAUACCACCAUUAGAAAAUAAAGGCUAUUUUUCAAACCUG